AUGGAACAAGACAGGAACAGCGUCAGCACACGGCUGCAUUUUCUGGAGAAGUAUGGAUACCUAACGGAGGAGGAGGAUCACCAACACAAGGAUAUUGAGGUCAACAAAGCUCUCAGCUUUACCAAAGGCGGGAGGUGGCAAAAGCGUCACCUGACCUACCGGGUGGUGAACUGGCCUGGCCACCCCCCUCUAGGUCAGGUGGCCCUAGCCAUAUGAAAGGCUUUUCAGCUGUGGAGCAACGUGUCCUUCAAAGAGGUCACCCAGGGGUCACCUGACAUUUGGCUGGCCUUCUAUGAGGGGAAACACAACGACGGCAUGGGCAACACCUUUGAUGGUCCAGGAGGCGCCCUAGUGCAUGCCUUCUUCCCUGGCCGAGGGGAGGCUCACUUGGCAGAGCGCUGGACACUGAACGGCUACAAGGGCCACAACCUGUUCAUGGUGAUUGCCCACGAGGUGGGCCACACGCUGGGCCUGGCGUACUCUCCUGUGCGUCAUGCUCUCAUGUCCCCCUACUACAAGAAGCUGGGGAAAGCCACGGUGCUGAGCUGGGAUGACAUCACCGCUGUACAGCAGUUUUAUGGUGGUUCGGCAUACUCCACACUGAGAGAGGAACAAGCCAUUAAAAAGUAGAUUGGAAUUUGAUUUUGAACCAGUCACUUUACAUGCCCAAAAAUUAGAGUAGAAGAGAGAACAUGUGGAGGUAAUAAGUGGUCAGGUAGAGGAGGAAACAAGAUUACAUGAGGGAGUGGAGAUGAUAAAAUGACAUUGAGACCUUAAAUUGAACUUAGUCCACAAAUCUGACUAGAGAUUGGAUCAGCUGCUGUUUGUUUAACCCUUUACCAUCUGCUGUGCUAUCAUUCACCAUGACAUCAUAGUGUCCAAUCACUCUGUCAUACAAUAUACGAAGCAUCAAUUGGAAAAAGCUAAAGGACAGAAUCUUUUCAUGUUAAGUGUGGCUAAAGCCAUUCCAUUUAUUACAGGGAAAAGUACUUAAGUAAAAAUACUUUCAAGUGCUGUACUUUACUAUAUUCCUGAAGAAAAUGUACUUUUUGCACCAUAAAUUUUCCCUAUCACACAAAAGUAAUUUUGAAUGCUUAGCAGGACAGGAAAAUGGUCGGAAGUACAUAUACCUUAGCCAAAUACAUUUAAACUCAUUUUCACAAUUCCUGACAUUUUAAUCCUAGUAAAAAAUCCCUGUCUUAGUUCAGUUAAGGUCACCAUUUUUAUUUUAAGCAUGUGAAAUGUCAGAAUAAUAGUAGAAUGAUUUAUUUCAGCUUUUAUUUCUUUCAUCACAUUCCCAGUGGGUCAGAA